CUUGUUCAUCCGCAGCAAUCUUCAAAUGUAUAACCGUGAAGAAAGAUUAAGAUGGGUUUGAAAUCAUUAUUAGACUUAGAUGAGAACGAUAGAGUUGUGGUCGAUGGGAUUCUGGACGAUGCUGUUUUACGACUGCUUCAAUCUUCCCUAAAGAUAAUCCAAGACGGCAGUGCUGACCUGUGUUGUGAUUGUCGUCAUUGUAAGCGAUACCUCCACCACAACAGAAUGCACGGACGAAACGAUGGAAAGAUGGAUUCCAACUCAAUAUUCGUGAAGAAUAGAGCCAUUACACAACUUGAUCGAUCAUUCCAAAAGUCACUGGAAGACGCCGAAUUUUGCUCCCGUUGUCGUCGUCAUCAUCGUAAGGAUACCACCGGCCACCACCACGAAAAGCCAGUAUCGUCCCCCAAAAAUAAUUGUACCUUACUUGGCAUGUUCGGCCGUCUGGCCAGGUCAAUCGGAUGGGCUUUGGGCAGACUUUGUGCCUCAAAAUGAGUAUCUUUACAAUGGGCUUUUUGGGUAGUUGAACCAAGAAACAACGUAAGGGAAGACCAUCGUCAGAUGAAAUUUUCUCGUGCUUUUUAUUUUGCCAGACCUUUUUUUUUUGUCAGGACUGUCUGACUGACUUCUCUUCUUCUUGUACUGUAAUCUUUCUUUUGGUCUUAAUAAAAUCUGUUCAUACAUUUUCAGCCACAGUAAGAAUGAUCAGACUUACCAUGUAAGCCUUUCUUUUGGUUUUGUCAGAAAGAAAAAUGCCAGACUUAUCAUGUUCUUUGUUUAACAGUAAUAAUGUUUUUUCCAA